AUGGCACAAAGCUGUCCACAUUCCAUUAACUUUUCUCCCACAACCAACCAAAAUACACAAUCACUGUCACAAACAAACAAGGGAAACAACACAACUAUCUCAGCAAAUAAUUCUGGCAAAUCGAUCAUAAAUGUACCACAAUCAUACCCUUCAUCAAGCAUAACACCGACAUCCCCACAAACAAAUGCUUUCUCCACUCCAGCAGAUAAUUCCAACCAAUCUAACAUGUCUAUUAUACAAUCCUGUUCCCAAUCAAGCAAUAUCCAACCUGAGGCCAACAUACAAACAAAUACAUCAAUACCAACUGAUACUUUAGUGGCCUCAAAUUCACUCGAAAACACAACACAACACCAGCAUCCUAAAGAUCAAAUGAAAAAACAAGAAUCCGUUCAAUCCACACCACCAGCACAGGAUAAUCCCGAACAAAAUAUAUUUACUAUACCUGGAGCUAAACCAAUGAAAAAAUCAAAAACAUUUAAUCUUAACAAGAAAAUACAGGACCCACUUGAUGAAAUGAUGCAACCCAUACAAGCUUUUCUUAAAGAUACCUCUUUCUCCUUCCCACUUAACUUCGAAGAAUUAAGAUUACUAAUAGAAAAUGCCCAAGGCUCACAAGACCCCCUCAGUAUUGUAAAAACUUUUUCUCAUGAUUUUGAAGGCCUUAUAGAUAUGUUAAUAAAGGUUCAUCCCUACUGUGCUAAUACUUUGGCUCUUUAUGGGGCACCCAAAGAUGUUCGCACGAGCGACAAACCUACGAUUGAGCUCGUCCAAAGCUAUCGAGCAAAAAUGUAUGCUGAAGCCACCAAUUCUAAAAAAGUCGAUCUUCCACGCAUAAUCCCAAGUGCCAAUGUAUUAACCGAGCAUAUCAAGCGUGUCUAUUUCCAAGUACAGGCUUGGUAUGGUUCAAAAGGUCAAGACGAGACCUUAGAUCCAUUGGAAUGGGGGUGGGAAUUGGUGGAUGGAGAGCUCAGUCCUGUCACCAUGACCCAGGAAGCCGGUCCCGAGGAAAUUUUAACCAAAAUUUCUUGUUCUUGUGAAACGGACUGCACUUUCAAUGAGGCCGAGAAUAGUGACAAGGAAGAAGAUAAAGAAGGGGAAGAAGAUGGAGAAGGGGAAGAAGAUGGAGAAGGGGAAGAAGAAGAAGAGUUUGAACAAGAUGUUUAG